AAUUCCUAGUGUCCACCAAAUUCCUCAGCGCUCGCUCACACUCCUCUACGGCCACGACUCCAGGAGUGGGGAAACAGAGAGCCGGUUCCUCUGCGGCAGAAGCCCUCGAGGUUCCUUCUUACAAGUCUGCGAAGGGGAAAGGGCCGUAAGACUCAACCAGACCCCAACCCCAGCUCCCAACAGGAGGUGGCUGCUCCACACGCGGGAGGCCCCUUCGUUUCAGGGUGUCUCUCUCUCUCUCUCCCCUCUCUCUCUCUCUCUCUCUCUCUCUCUCUCUCUCUCUGUCUCUCUCUCUCUCUCUCUCUCUCUCUCUCCCCCCUACUCCCCCAAACAUGUCCACCGGCUCCCUCAGCGAUGUGGAGGACCUUCAAGAGGUGGAGAUGUUGGAAUGUGAAGGGCUGAAAAUGGACUCGAACAAGGAGUUUGUGACUUCCAACGAGAGCACCGAGGAGAGCUCCAACUGCGAAAACGGAUCUCCCCAAAAGGGCCGGGGCGGCCUGGGCAAGAGGAGGAAGACGCCCACCAAGAAGAGCCCCCUGAGUGGGGUCAGCCAGGAGGGGAAGCAGGUCCAGCGCAACGCGGCCAACGCGCGGGAGAGGGCCCGCAUGAGGGUGCUCAGCAAGGCCUUCUCCAGGCUCAAGACUACUCUACCCUGGGUGCCCCCAGACACCAAGCUCUCCAAGCUGGACACGCUCAGGCUGGCGUCCAGCUACAUCGCCCACUUGAGGCAGAUCCUGGCUAACGACAAGUACGAGAACGGGUACAUCCACCCGGUCAACCUGACGUGGCCCUUUAUGGUGGCCGGGAAACCUGAGAGUGACCUGAAAGAAGUGGUAACCGCGAGCCGCUUGUGUGGAACCACCGCGUCCUGACCUUGGAGGUGCGAGUCUGGGAAAGGCACGCUCCCGGGGGGGAGCGGGCCCCGCCGGGAAGGCGACCCCUGCCCUCCUUGCUCUCUGUCUCUGCUUCCCCCUCGCAACGCUCCUCUCUCUGUCCCACCCGCGAGAACACUUUACGCCGACGAGGAGAUUCGUUUCCAAACCAGAGGAGAUCAAUUGUACUUACAAAGAUUCCCAUCUAUUUAACUUUAUUAACUUCUACCGUGAAUGACUCUGCAAGCCUUGCUGGUCCAAGUGCAAUAUGUAAUUAUAAAUAUAUAAAUAGAUAAGAGCUUAUCAACGUAUCUUUUGUACAAUAUGUUGUAAAAUGUAGAUCAUAGAAUAGCUGACUUUGACAGUCACAUUUAUAAAGUAAGUCACUUAAAGAUAUAUAUUUUUUUCAAACAAGUUUUGCUACUUUUGAAAAUAAAUCUUUCUCUAUAUUGCUAAAAGCUCUGA